UUUUGGGGAGCUGAGUUUUCCGUCCCAACUGGCGGUUGGUUUUCUAUUUAACAGCUAGCUCACCAACUGGCUGAAGAAUCCGCAGUUUGAGCAGUAUUUUCAGCCAUUUUGUGCCAAUAUUGUCGUGUUGGACUGUUUAAAUUGCACGCCUGAUAAUGAAGGACAGAUUGGAGCAGCUGAAAGCGACGUGUGAUCAAGAUGAUGACGAGGUGGAGAUCGCUAUUGACAAUGCAGCCUUCAUGGACGAGUUCUUCUCUCAGAUCGAGGACAUCAGAAACAGCAUUGAUAAAAUUGAUGAGAAUGUGGCUGAAGUCAAGAAGCUUUACUCCGUCAUCCUGUCUGCUCCCACAUCAGAUCAGAAAACACAGGAUGACUUGGAAGCCAUCACUAAUGACAUAAAGAAGAUGGCCAACAAUGCAAGGAACAAACUUAAGACCAUUGAGAGAAAUUUGGAGUCAGAACUGCAAGAGAGGGUAUCAGCUGACCUAAGGAUACGGAAAUCACAGCAUGCCGUGCUGUCCAGGAAGUUUGUGGAGGUGAUGACGAAAUAUAACGAAGCUCAAGUGGACUUCAGGGAGAGGAGUAAAGGACGUAUUCAGAGACAGUUGGAGAUCACUGGAAAAGCAACAACAGACGAAGAACUGGAGGAGAUGUUGGAGAGUGGGAAUGCUGCUGUUUUCACUGCAGGGAUAGUUGAUUCUGGCAUCUCAAAGCAAGCUCUGAGUGAGAUUGAAUCCAGGCAUAAAGACAUCGUUCGUCUGGAAAGUAGCAUCAAGGAGCUCCAUGACAUGUUUGUAGACAUCGCCAUGCUGGUGGAGAGCCAGGGGGACAUAGUGGACAACAUAGAAAAGAAUGUGUGCCAGUCAGUCGAUUACAUAAUCGAGGCAAGGGAACAAACCAAAAAAGCUGUUAAGUUCCAGUCCAAAAGCAGAAAGAAGAUGAUCUUCAUCGGUGUAUGCUGUGCUGUGGUUUUAGUCAUCAUCAUCAUCAUUAUCCUCACCCAGACAAUAAAGUAGGACUCUUGGCUGCCAUCGUCAUCAUCAUCAUGUUUUCAUCAUCCGUUACUUCACCAAAGAAAUAAUCGAUACGACACACAAGCCACGGAUAAAAAAAAAAAAUUAAAGGUGCAGCUACAGCGGUUACAUCUGGUCAACUACAAAAGAGGAGACGGUGGCCUCUCCCACUCCGUUUUGGACGUUUUGCGGAUGUUCUGCUGCAAAUGAAGGAUUAGGAGUUGACCGACUGCAGCACCUCUGUGGAGAUGGAGAAAGGGGAAACAAAAGUAAUGGAUCAUUGCGUCACUCCAGGGUCACUGAACAUUUCACUGUCCAACACUUGUUGAUGUUGCAC